AUGGACAAGUUCCUAUCCAAUAGAUUCCGAACUUUGGAAACUCUAGCUGGGCUAAAGGGUACAACAGCGGCGAAAGCUCCAAAGCACCAGCCCGCACGGCACCACCAGGAAGCUAACACUAAAAGGCUAGGAGCCUUUCAGGCAAGCGCCCAAGCCAAACGCAAUUCAACAAAGUCAAACAAGCAUACAAGCAAAAACGUGAAGUCUUGCUAUGCGAAUACAAACACAGGUUUGUUAUUAGGGACAGCACGCGUCAACAUUUAUCUCAAUGGUACGAACUAUUCCGCUAGAGCACUUAUUGAUUCUGGUUCAGAGUGUUCUUUCAUCCCUGAAAGACUAAAACACAGAAUUCGCCUGCCGUCAAAGCGUAUGCAUGCCCAAGUUUCGGGCAUCACUAAUACAACUACGGCGCAGGUUAAAGAAGCGUGCAACAUCGAAUUGCGGUCUUCGGUUGACCGAUUGUUCCGCUUAAAUACCUCAGUGCUCAUGCUAGCAAAACUGACUGGAAAUCUUCCUACUUGCCACAUUAGUGCAGUGACUAAGCAAGCAUUUCCAGAUCUGAUUCUAGCGGAUAAAAGAUUUUUCGUCAAUGAACCCGUAGACCUUGUUCUGGGUGGCGACGUAUAUCCACAAAUUAUUCUGUGCGGGCUUAAGAAGAACAUAUUAAACACACUUCUAGCCCAAGAAACAGUAUUUGGCUGGAUAAUAACGGGGCGAACUGAUACCACGAAUCCAGGAACGAAUAUCGUCUCAUACUACAGCGAAGUUAGUCUGGACAAGCAACUGAGUGCCUUUUUGGAGCUUGAAGAGAUUCCAAAGAACAAGAGCCUUGUUGAAGACGACAAGUACUGCGAGGAGCUGUAUCAGAAGACAACCAUACGAAAUAAUGAAGGAAAAUACAUCGUGUCACUACCAUUUAGGAAAGAUAUUCCAGGAAAUAUUUCCCUAGGCCCAUCCCUUAAAAGAGCAUGUUCUCAAUUUUACCGGAAUGAGACACGGCUGGCCAAGGAUCCCUACCUGCAAAAGGAAUUCAAUAGGGUUCUAGCGGAAUAUGAAACGCUUGGGCAUAUGUCGAAAAUAACAAAUCCCAUACCCGCAGACUCGUCUGAUAAUUAUUUUCUGCCGCACCACGCUGUUAUAAAGGCAGAAAGUACUUCAACGAAAGUACGCGUGGUGUUCAAUGCCUCAAGCCCAACGGCGAAUGGCAACAGCCUAAAUGAC